AUGAAAUUCGAUUGGGUCCUCACAAAUGAAAACAUAUUCACCUUAGACCAAAUCAAAGAGAGCCAAGCUAUUCCUGAUGACUACAACCGACUAAAGGAUUUGGACCGUGGCCAUUUGUGCCCCAGUGGCCAUCAGUUCAGUAAAGAGAGAAUGAUGGCUACCUUCACUCUCACCAACGCAGUGCCCCAGGACAAGACUCUCAACAAUGACAAGUGGAACAAGUACGAGUAUAAAACAAUGCCCCAAAAGACCCAGGGCUGUAACACCACCUACGUGAUCACAGGUGCUGUGCAUGGGAACACCUACGUAUCCAACAACAGGGUGAACAGACCCAGCCACAUCUGGUCAGCUGCCUGCUGUCUGGGGGACAAAGAGCCCAAAGAUGCUUGGGGGGCCAUCGCUGAGAACGACAGAAAUAGGGUGGAGGUCGUCAGCCUGGAGGAGCUGGAGAAGAGGUUGUCCGAUCUCUACAAUGGAAAG